AAAAAACAUUCCAAAAACCCUAAAUACUCAUCGUCUAAUUCCGUUCGCUCGAUGGAGUCGAGAGCGUACGCAAACGAUCACAUUUUCCGAUCCAAGCUACCGGCCAUCCCCAUACCUGACCACCUUCCCGUCCACGCGUACAUCUUCCAAAACCUCCACCGCCACCCGUCCAGCACGGCCCUCAUCGACUCCGCCACCGGAAAAACCCUCACCCACUCGGAAGUUGAGCUCGCCGCCCGGAAAUUGGCCGCCGGCCUCCACGCCCGCCUCGGAAUCCGGCGAGGCCACGUCAUCAUGCUCCUCCUCCACAACUCGCCGGAGUUCGUAAUCUCGUUCCUCGCCGCCUCCAUGGCCGGCGCCACUGUCACCACCGCGAAUCCCAACUACACCGCCUCGGAAAUCGCUUCGCAGGCGGCGGUUUCCGGUCCGGCGGUCGUCAUCACCCACUCGUGCUACGCCGGAAAGGUGACAUCAUCGAGCGGCGCGAGGAAUACGAAAGUCCUCACGAUCGACUCCCGGAGAUUCUCCGAGCUGGCGGAAUCCGACGAGAGAUUGUUGCCGGAAUCCGGCGGCGGCGGCUUCCGACCCUCCGACACGGCGGUGCUCCUCUUCUCCUCCGGCACGACGGGGAUGCCGAAGGCGGUGAUGCUGAGCCACCGGAACUUGGUAGCGUGCCUGGAGCAGCAAGGGGGAGGGGAGAACCCCAACUUCCACGUGGACGGGGAGACUGACGUGGCGCUCUGCGUGCUGCCGUUAUUCCACAUGUACUCACUGACGAUGGUGCUCGCCGAAUUCGGGGCGGUUUUGGAGGCCAUCGGGAGGUAUCAGGUGACGAUAGCGCCGCUUGUGCCGCCGGCGCUGCUGGAAAUUGUCAAUAGUUCGGGAGCCGGCGGCGGGAAGUAUGACCUGUCGACAGUGAGGAAGGUGUACAGUGGGGCGGCGCCGAUGGGGAGGGAGCUGGAGGCCGCCGUCAGGGCAAACUUCCCGAACGCCGUAAUCGGCCAGGGUUAUGGCAUGACAGAAGGUGGAGUAAUAUCAAUUUGUCUAGGAUUUGCCAAAAAACCAUUCGGGUUUAAAUCGGGUUCGUGUGGAACCGUAGUUAGAAAUGUGGAGAUGAAGGUGGUUGACCCGUUGACCGGAGCAUCUCUUUCAAGGAACCAAAAGGGGGAGAUUUGUGUAAGAGGAGCCUCCAUAAUGAAAGGUUAUUAUAACGAUCCUGAGGCGACCAAGAGAACAAUCGACGGUGAGGGAUGGCUGCACACGGGGGACAUUGGGUACGUGGACGAUGACGAUGAAUUGUUCAUUGUGGACAGGUUGAAAGAACUCAUCAAGUACAAAGGCUUCCACGUGGCGCCUGCAGAAUUAGAAGCUUUGCUCAUUGCGCAUCCCUCCAUAUCUGAUGCUGCCGUUGUGCCCAUGAAGGAUGAGGCCGCCGGUGAAGUUCCGGUUGCGUUUGUUGUUCCGGCAAACAGUUCAAAUAUUUCGGAGGAGGAUAUCAAGCAAUACAUCUCAAAGCUGGUGGUGUCUUAUAAGCGGAUUAAUAAGGUGUUUUUCACUAAGAAAAUCCCAAGAGCCCCAUCGGGUAAAAUCUUGAGGAAAAAUCUGAGGUCAAGGAUUUAA